AUGUAUACAUGGUUAACAUUAAGAAACAGAUUCCAACUGGAUAGCAGUUGGUCCCAAGGCAGGAUUUUAAAUGUAGAGCAGUGUCCAACUCUUACGAUAAUCCCAAAGACACUUGACAGCUUGGUGAACCUCCGAUGCUUGUAUCUGCAGGAUUGUGUUGCUCUCACAACUCUUCCAGACACACUUGGUAACAUGGCACAAUUGAAGGAGUUGCAUUUGUGCGGCUGUACAAAUUUAACAAGCCUUCCUGAAACUGUAGGCAACUUGAUGCAUUUAGAAAUCUUGCAUUUGAAAGACUGUACAGCUCUAAGAAGCCUUCCCAGCACUAUAGGUAAUUUAGUUCAACUACAGGAGCUGGUUUUGAAAAGAUGUACAGGGCUAAGGAAUGUUCCCAACACAAUAGGCGACUUGGCACAACUCCAGACUUUGAUUACGUAUAAUUGUUCAAGUUUACAGAGCAUUCCUUACCCGUUAGGCAAGUUACAAAAUCUUAGGCGGUUACACAUUCCAGGUUGGACAGACCUAGAAAGCUUUCAUGAUGCGGUUAUCAGGUUAGCCCAGCUUAUGGAGUUAAGCAGAAGCGUCGGGAUAGGAAGCUCGGUGCAGAAGAAGUUUAAUGUCUACUUUGUUUACCACGCAGCAGCUGAAAGGAAAAUAUUGAUGGCUCAUAAGUACAAACACCUGCGCACCGGAAAAUAUUGUUUGUGCACAGGCAGUGAGGAUAAGGAAAGCAGUGACAUUAGGGAUGCAAUUGAUAGCUGUGAAAUUCUUGUCCUUGGUUUAUCCAAGAGCUUUGCAGAGUCGAUUGUGUGCAUGAAAAAGUUCGCAGCCAUAAGGCGCUCGAAGAACGGCCUUAUUGUUCCUCUAUCCCUUCGCAGCUUUAUACAGCCCUGUCGUAUCAAAUUUUUGAACACAUUGAGAGAGUUAUAA